UUGGGUCCCAGGGAGAAUAACUUGCCCAGUUAUACAGCUACCACGUGCCAAUGAGGCUUACAAACAAAAUCUUCACUUUCCCCCCACCAUACCUGGCUCCAUUUAAGUAGGACUUCGUUCCUUCACCAUGGACUUGAGGCUUCAGCAAUGUUGAGUCCUUUAGAUCUGGUCACUGUUCUGGCUGGAGAAAACAGAAAUAAGAAUAGAAAUUGCUUCCCUCCUUUCAUGGGUACAGGCUUGUGUAAAAAGACAUGUUUAUAGAAAGCACAUAGCUUUUGCAAAUAAGCACAAUAAAUAUGGUGCUAGGGGUGAUUUCACUUUGCCCAUGAUUGUUCUACCAAUUGAGGAAUGAUAGUAAUAAUUAACAUUCACAUAGUGCUUUAAGAUUCAGACUAAUUUUGAGUUCUGGAAACAUUUGUGGUAUACUAGUUGGAUGUAGUUUUGCAUUUGAUGUCGAGUGUGGCUGUCAAGAAAAGGGAUAGAGUGGUUUGAGUUCUUUAGGAUAUCAAGAAUGAACAAUUCAUUUCAUUUUCACACACUUAAGCCAGGCUCUGUGCUAAGUGCUAGGGAUACAAAAUAAAAAAAUGAAAGGGGUUCCUGUCCCCAAGAUUCUCAUGUUCUACUGAGGGGAGCUAGGGAGUAAAUUUUCCUUGAGAUGGAAGAACUGGAGCAUGGUCUGCUGAUCCAGCCAUGGGCAUGGCUACAGCUUUCAGGAGAAUCACUCUUGGCCAAGGUCUAUAUCACUACACAGAAGGGGUAUGCCCUUCUUCUCUCUGACCUCCAAUAUGUGUGGCAUGAGCAAGUUGACACAAAUGUGGUCAGCCAACGGGCCAAGGAACUGAACAAACGACUGAGUGCAACUCCUUCUGCCUUCCUCUCUCACUUAAAAGACCUCAUGUGUACCUUGUUGGAAGGUUCGACUGAUACCAAAGGAGCCACUUUCUCUUGUGAGCAUAUGCCAGAUGGACUGACACUGCAUGUUCGGAGUGAUCUCUCCGGUCUACCCUUUCAUUGGAACUUCCAAUGUGCCUUGGCUAGCCCUUCCAUGGUUUCCCAGCAUCUCAUACGUCCCUUGAUGGGCAUGAGUCUGGCACUACAGCAUCAGGUGAAAGAGUUGGCCUCUUUGCUUCGAAUGAAGGAUGCAGAAAUCCAAGACUACCAGGAGAAUGGAGCCACACUGAGUCGAGAUCGAUUGAAGACAGAGCUAUUUGAUGAGAAUGUUUUCCUGGAGCAGUUUGUAACAGAGAAUCUGCUGGAGGCAUGCAAUGUUAAGGAUGGAAAACCUUUUGCAAUGAAGCUACAAAAUCUCUAUGUGACCAUCACUAAACAAGAAUUCCAGGCAGGACAAAAACGACAUGGUUCUGGAGACUCCCAGGCCUCUGAUGGGACUUCUUCCCAUGACACUGAUGUUAGACUACUGAACCAGCAAGAACAGCAAUCUUUCUCUGCUCCAACUCUGUCUGUGACUGAGACAUUGAAUAUGGAUACUUCAGGUCCAAUUCAGAGACCUCAUCUGUCCAAAGCAAAGAGAAAGAAACCAAAGGGACUCUUCAGCUGAACUGAGUUCAUCUGCUAAGGAUAACUCUGGAAAGGAAAUUCUGUCAACAUUAUCUUGAAGAGAUCUUCUGAGGUGAAAACUCAGACCUUGGACAAAGUCAGACAAGACUGGAGCUAUGGAUUGGGGUCCCACUGUAAGGUUUGUGUUAGUAGGCCAUGGAAUGGACACUUUGGCAAAGAGACCUUUUUAGUGAAAAUUGAUUGAGUAUAUUGAUGAUCAUUCUAGGUUUCCUGACCUGAGGAAGAGUCUGAACCUAGGGAAAUAUUGAACCUAUUCUCUGUAAAGUCCCUUUUGCCCCCAGGAUUCUCCUUUAAACUUUGUAUAUCUACAUUUGUGGUGGAUUUACUAGAAACACAACAACAAAAAUAAAAACUUCCAAAACUCUUGUGCCAUUU